UCACACUUACAUAUAUUUGGUCAGUUUUUGAACUUUUGGGCUUGUCAGUAAAACUUAUUUUUGUUCUUCUGAAGAAAUCUCGAUUUUUGAAAAUUCUUCAUUUUAAAAAGUUUAAGAUAUAACAAGUUAACAUCAAACGUAAGCCAUGGGUCUUAAAGAAUGUGAAAUCAAAUUAGAUUCACCGAUUAACACGUACUUUGCCGGACAAACUGUCAAUGGGACUGUAAUGUACUCGUUUGAUUCGCCUAAAAAAGUUCGAGGAAUUAAAGUUCGAUUUUUGGGCGAGGCAAGAACAUCUUGGGUGGAGACUGAAAAAGUUACAAAGGAGGAUGGAAAAACGGAGAAUGAAAGAAAAGAUGUAACGGGACAUGAAGAAUAUUUUCAAAUUACUUAUUAUCUUCUUGGUGGAAUAAAUGCUAGUGAAACUGAACUUCCAGCUGGUGCUCAUGCGUUUCCUUUCACUUGUGCUUUGCCGCCAACAUUACCAAGCUCAUUUGAAGGAGAAUUUGGACAUAUUCGUUACACUAUUAAAGUUACAUUGGAUCGUCCAUGGAAAUUCGAUCAAGACACGAAAAUGGCUUUCACUGUUAUUUCACCUGUGGAUCUUAACUUGAUGGAAGCGGCAGCCCAACCUGGAAAGCUUGUAAUGGAGAAAACUUUCUGGUGCUGUUGUUGCGCCACGCCACCAUUAUCAGUUGUUGUUUCGAUUCCAGUAAAGGGAUAUGUCUCUGGUCAGUCAUUACCUCUCUUGGCUGAAAUAGACAACAAAUCAAGUGUUGAAGUUGAAAAAAUUAAAUUUCAAUUUAAAAAGCAUACAGCUUUCCAUACAACCGCACCAAAAAUGACGAAAAAGAAUGAAAAAGUUGUUGGCGAGUUGGCAAUUGGACCAUUUAAUAAAAGUGAACAAAGGACUGUUAGACAAAGUCUUGACAUUCCACCGCUUCCACCAUCAAAUCUUGAUAAUUGCGGGAUUAUUGAUCUUCAUUAUGCAUUGGAUAUUGUUUGUGAAGUUUCUGGUUUUCAUACAAAUCUCGGUGGUGCAAUUCCCAUUACAAUUGGUACAAUUCCAUUGAGGGAUUAUAAGCCGCAAGCUCCAGAAUCACAACAAUCUAUCGACAUUUCAAUGAUGCCAACACAACCAGUUUCACCUGACAAUGUCGGUGGUGCUGUUGGAUGGAACAUGGGUGGAACUUCUCUUUAUCCGAAUGUUCCUCCUCCGAACUUCAGUGAAAGUGAUUAUCAAGCAAAAACAAUUAAAGAUCGAGAAGAUAAUGAACAUACACGAUUGGUGGGUAAUCAAGAUGCAUUUGCACCUCGCUAUCCAGUUUACACUUUUCAACCAUCUGCUCCAAGAAUCGAUUAAAUCACAGCAGUAAUGAAAUUUGUGCGUCUCUUUUAAAAGCUUAAGAAUUCCUGCAAUAAAUGUCAAGAACUAGAAAAUAUUUUAGGCAAUGGAAAUCAAAAAGAAUGCCUUUCGUGGAAAGAAUCGCACAAAGUUUAAUCGAUGAAAAAAGAAACAUAAAUUAAAGUUGUUUACAUGAGUGACAGCUUUUGCUUAAAUUUUAUUAAAUAUUAAAGUUAAUAUUAAAAGUUAAUUUUUGUUUCGUACGCACGACACUUUUGAAUGAUUCAUUUUUAUAAUACUUAAUACUUACGUAUUCAUGCAGCUUCAAUUAACUUUCUUUGUAAUCAUCUAAUCGCUUUUUAUAUCUUCUAAAUAAUCUCAUACUGUAAAAAUGUUUCUACUCACAUGCUUUUCUAUACUUUUCAUGGAAAACUGCUCAUGAAAAUUCAUUUUUCUACCCUUCAGCUUGAAUUAAAAUAACAAACAUGAAAUAAUAUUGAUUAAUCGAGUGCCUAAAACAUAAGUAAAAUGCGAGAAAAUAAAAAACUGCUUCAUGUUUAAAAUUGUUGUGAAUAUGAAGUGAGUUUAAAAACUAUUUUUUAUUAUACGUAGAUAUUUGAGGGGGUGAAGAUAAAAUUAAUAAAAUACGCAUAAUUAAAACGCAUUAUGUGAACGUAACCGUAGUGCUUCCAGUGAAGAAUUUUUGUUAAAUGUUUUUUUAAAUGCAUAAAGCAGGGAUGUGCAUUUGAUCAAUUUAUUUACGGCAAACAAAAUUUUUGUAAUUUAACAGUUAGAUGAGUCAAAUCAAAUCCCUAGCAAAGCGCCUCAUCUGGUAAUAGAUUCAAGAAUAAAUCGAUGGAUGAUCGGAUAAUGCAAUCAUUACAGAAAUUGUCAACUUGAAAUAAAUUUAAGAAGUCUCAAAAUUCUGAAUUAUUGAAUCAAAACCACUUAAAGAAAAUCUCAAUUCCAAUCCGAACAAUCAUCGUCAACAAUUCUUUAAAGAAUUAUCGGAAAAGGGAAAGAAAACUUUUGUUUAAUUACCUACUUCAAAUGAAUAAAUUUAUAUGCUUUUAAUGUACAUGCGUAACUUUGCUUUGUUUAUUAUUGUACGCAACAUUUUUGUUCAUUUUUUA